AUGACUGUCGUAACCCUGCCCCGAUCAACGGCAACCUCGCAAUCGGGAGCUAGCGUAGCCUACCUGGGUCCGAUUGGAACGUAUUCUCACGAGGUCACGCGGAAACGAUUUAGCGGGCCGGAGUACUCUCUCGUGCCGUACGCCACAAUCCACGAUGCCGUUCAUGCGCUUAUUCCAAGCCCCAGCCGAACUCGCGCAUCCUGGGCGGUCGUUCCGAUCGAGAAUUCUUACUUCGGUCCGGUCGUGGAGACGCGAGAGGUCCUAUCGGAGCCCCAAGUGAUUCGAUAUACUCGAACGCUCGACCAACGGAUUAGGCUCAAGGUCGAACACUGUCUCAUCGCCCGCAAACCAUCCACACCAGCCAAAUCCUCCCCAUCACCGUCUCCGGAAUCCCAUCCUCCGAUCCGAACAAUCUAUAGCCACGCUCAGGCUCUGGGUCAAUGUCAAAAGUACAUCGCUCUCCAUUACCCGCACGCCCGAACGGUGCCCACAUCUUCGACCGCAGAGGCUGCGACUCUCGUCGCCAACGACCCUUCCCGCUCGUCCUUGGCUAUCUGCUCCCCCUCCUGCGUCGAGUACUUCCCUGAACUUGAGGUCUUGGAUUUUAAUAUUCAAGACGCUGGCCAAGAAAAUGUUACAACAUUCAUUGUCCUAGGAAGCAAGGAUUGA